CGACACCUCGCUGAAGCUUUGUCGUUUUUGGGGAUACAUUGAGUCAUUACCGCCAUGAAGGAACUGUUCCUACUCCUGCUGGUCUUCGUGGCGUCCAUGCUCCUACAUCCGGCUGACAGCACCGUCCGAGAAUGUCGCGAUGUGGCCGUGUCUCUGGAGAGGGAAGUCGGCGAAACGGGCUUCGAAUGCGCGGAUGACCUAGGAAUCGACCUUCAAACUAAUGGCAAAGGCCGAGGAAACGGACGCGGGAGAGGAAAUGGUAGAGGUCGAGGGCGUGGUCGUAGUCGAGGUCGAGGACGUGGUCUAGGAAAAGGACGAGGACGAGGGCAGGCGAUGAAGUUCUACGCCGCUUACUCCAGACUUGACGCGGCUGAGCAAGAGGAAUUGGCUUCGUGUGUCUUGCAGGAAAUGGGAGUUCUCGAUGAUGAUGCGUUCAAUUCCACUGCUCUCGCGGAUAUCGUGAUCACCGACUUAACGGCAGCAGGCCAGUCGUCGGCGAUUAAUGCCACGAUCGCAGCGAUUGAGAACGGAGGCUGUCCGUUGGAGGAUGGCGAUCCAGACCUGACUGUGAUCUUCGAGUUUACGGAUUGCCUAAGGGGGUCCUGCGCAACCCCUUUGGAUGCUGAGGCUGAGCUGAUCUAGUGGCAGACACCCUUGGGCAGAUGUUAUGGCAGUACGUUUUGGGAUCCGCUGCCACCAUUUGUUGAAUUCCAAAUACUUGUCCUGGGAUCAUCUAUUGUCACCAUGUGUUGAAUUCCAAGUAAUUGUCCUGGAAUCCAAUGUCACCAUAUGUUGAAUUCCAAGUAAUUGUCCUGGAAUCUAAUGUCACCGUGUUGAAUUCUAAAAACGUAUCCUCAGAUCUACUGCCACUGAAUUCCUUAAACAUGACCUGGGAUCUGCUGCCAUGUGUUGAAUUCCAAAAAUGUGUCUUGGGAUCUUCUGCUGCCACUAUGUUUGUAGUUCCAAAAGUGUGAAACACUGAUGCUUCGAAAAAAGCGAAUCUGUCUUUUGUCAGGUUUCUUUGGAAUAAAUGGUAU